AUGACGGUCAAAUAUACGCAUAAAAUUGCUGAAGCUACUUUACUCGGAUUUAUAAAGCUUUUAUUUAGAUGGAAAGGCAGUAUGUGGAAAUUGAUAUGGAAGGAUGUGUUGAUAUUUGGUACCAUCUAUGUUUCAAUUUCUCUCAGCUACUAUCUGGCAUUUAAUGACGAGCAGAAAACGCGAUUUCAGCAGAUAGCCUUAUACUGCAACUUAAACAGUUACAAAAUUCCACUAGCCUUUGUGCUGGGGUUCUAUGUGUCUCAGGUUGUCAGCCGGUUCUGGCUAUAUUUCAAUUCCAUACCCUGGCCAUCAACGCUCGCAUAUUAUGUUAACAUAUUUAUAACUGGUGAAGACGAGAAUACAAGAAAGUAUAGGCGGACAGUAAUGAGGUACGUAUGUUGUACGUUUACAAUGGUUAUGAGGUCAAUCUGCCAGCCUGUGAAGAAGAGAUUUCCAACGCUUAAUCAUCUUGUUGAAGCUGGCCUCCUAACAGAGGAAGAAGAAACAGAGGUUAAGAAUUUCGAGGUCAAAUGUAACCACUACUUCAUUCCAAUAGUCUGGGGUACAUCUCUGAUCAGCACUGCUCGUAAACAGGGAAUGAUUAAGAAAGAUAUUGAUCAAGAGAGGCUGAUUAUGGAAUUAAAUGCAUUUAGAAGCGGUUGUAGCAAGUUGAUCAGGUUUGAUUGGGUCACUCUACCACUAGUCUACACACAGGUCGUUUCAGUAGCAGUGUAUUUAUUUUCAUUCACCUGUUUGCUGGGCCGCUACCCCUUUAUAAAGGAGGGCAACCAGGAGUCAUACUUCCCAUUCUUUACCCUCCUGCAAUUUGUCUUCUAUAUCGCUUGGUUGAAAGUGGGGGAAGCAGUUGCGAAUCCGUUUGGCGAAGACGAUGAUGACUUCGACGUCAAUAUUCUUAUCGACUGCUUUGUUCAAGAAUCGUUUAUAGUUGUGGACCAAUUGAAAACGAGCAUCCCCAAAUUAGUGAAAGACCAACAUUGGAAUAGGCAGGAUUUUAGUAUGCCCCAACUUAACGAGGUGGCUCUUGUCGAGUUUCUCGGAUCGGCUGGGGGCAUCAAGUUAGUGAAUUAG